GUGGCAGGAAGGGGGGAACUCUGUGGUCAGGGAGGCGCUCGCCGAGCACAGCUGCGCAGUGCCAGCAGAGCGUCCGAUCCUGGCUCUCGGCCCUUCAGCCGCCUGCCCAAGAUGGUUCCAGCAGUGGUCUUGCUCUUACUCCUUUUGGUUGACCAAGCAGCGGCCCUGGGAGAGCCUCAGCUCUGCUAUAUCCUGGAUGCCAUCCUGUUUUUGUAUGGUAUUGUCCUCACCCUGCUCUACUGUCGACUCAAGAUCCAGGUGCGAAAGGCAGCUGUAGCCAACUAUGAGAAAUCAGAUGGCAUUUACACGGGCUUGAGCACCCGGAACCAGGAGACAUAUGAGACCCUGAAGCAUGAGAAACCGUCACAGUAACUUUAGAACAGAUGCCCUUGGUCACAUCCUUCUUCCGCUCCUGGUUCUCCUCCCAGCCCUCAUGGUUGGCAUCACACGUCUCCCUGCUGGUAAUGCCAGCUGACCCUACCCCUAUAAUGACGCUAUGCCCCCAUUAAUGGACAUCAGUGGUUCCUCCUCCCUGUCAAAGACCUAUGCUCAGAUGCUAUUCGUUAAUGUUUAUAUUCUAGUCUCACCCCCGCACCCCACCCUUCCCCAUCCCCAACUCGCUGUAAACAAUGUAAAGGGAGUACCACCAAUAAAGCCACCACAGACUGGA